AUGCUGUUUUUAACAUUCAAAAGGAAAAGUGCUUACGGUGAAUUGAAAUUAGAAUUGAAGAGGUUAAGGAACCUUCAAGAGGCACCAGGGCUUUGUCCUUUGUGCAGUUUGAAUUCUUGCCGAUAUGGCAAUUUGGGUGAAGAGUUACUUGGGUAUCAUCCUGAUGUUGCUGGAAAACCGGAUGACAGUGCUUUAACUGAGAAAUUCAUCAGUGCCAAAAAUGCUUACGAUGUUUUGCGAGAUCCAGAUAAGAGGAAGGAGUACGAUGCAAAACUGCGUUCUGAGGAUGCUGACUCAAAAUCACGGUCGGAGAGAGAUAAAAUAUACAGAGAUCCGUUCACGUAUGCUAGAAAAUAUCAGUACCAAAGUCCUUAUGAUUGGGUAGAUCGGGAGAGGUACUGGCGGAAUUAUUCGGAGGAGGAUAUUAAGAAAAUUUAUAAAUAUAUUCGGAAGAAGAGUGGUAGCGGCGGGCUUGGAGUUUCUGAAGAAGAGUAUCGGCGGCAGGCGUGGAAUGAAGUGUUGAGGCAAAGAGAAGAGUAUCUUAGACAGAGGACGGAGAAAACAAGAGCCUAUAAUGAAAGAACUUUCCGCGAUACUCCUUUUUUUUAUGAUUCCCCUAAAGCAGACAAGGUGGCGACGAUAUUUUUUUUAUCGUUCUUCAUAACUUUGGUGCUCAAUGUGGUUCUUGCAGGCGGAAGUAGUGGGGAAUCGGGUGAUGCAUCUGAUGAGGAAAGUGAUGAAAGUGUAGAUUAUCAUACCCGUCAAAUUAAUGAAUUCAACAGGAUGAUGACUAGACCACCGUAG